CGCUGGUUAAGAGGAUCCUCCCUUCCUCGUCGUCGCUGUCGUGGUGUAUGUACGCGACCCCCAACUGAACUGGACAUAUUCGAGUCGUCGAGUAGAUUCCCAGUUUUACCACAGGCGGAUUCUUACAAAAGUGUUGGUAGUGUGCUUGCUUACUUGCUUGUCUUGUUUACUCAUUUUUACUCGCUGCUACUGGUGACUGCUACUAAAAAUGGCAUCUGGAGUAACUGUAGCUGAUGUUUGUAAGACGACAUAUGAAGAAAUAAAGAAAGAUAAAAAGCAUCGAUACGUGAUUUUUUAUAUUAAAGAUGAAAAGCAAAUCGACGUUGAGGUGAUUGGAGCACGUGACGCUGCUUACGAUGCUUUUCUUGAAGAUUUGCAGAAAGGUGGUGCUGGAGAGUGCCGCUAUGGUCUCUUUGAUUUCGAGUACACUCAUCAGUGUCAAGGCACCUCUGAAGCUUCCAAGAAACAAAAAUUGUUCCUGAUGUCGUGGUGUCCUGACACAGCUAAAGUAAAGAAGAAGAUGUUGUACUCUAGCUCAUUUGACGCCCUAAAGAAAUCCCUCGUCGGCGUCCAGAAGUACAUACAGGCGACGGAUCUUUCGGAAGCCUCGGAAGAAGCUGUCGAGGAGAAGCUCCGCGCCACUGACAGGAAUUAAAGAGUAUUCCGGGGACAUCUCCACCAAGCGAUUUAAUACACAAAGAAUAAAAAAUAAAAAAAUUUUUAAAGUAAAAAAAAUAAAAUAAAAUAAAAAAAAAAAAAAACGUAAACGAGAGAGAGCGUGAGUUCGAGCGGGUACGUUUUUAUUUCCCCCGAGUAAAUGCUCCGUGUCACAUCGCAUCGGAGGUUCACCUUUUUACACAUUUUUCACUUAAUAAUAAUAAUAUUAAUAAUAAUAAUAUUGAUAAUAAUGAUAAUAAUAAUAAUAAUAAUAAAUAAAUAAAUAAAAAAAUGAAAAAUACCGGCUACUAGAUAUUGCGGUACAUGUAUGAUUAGUCACUGAUGAGUCGAAGGACUGGAAGUAAACGGGCUUUAUACAUCAAAAGUAAAAUUUCAAUUAAUAAAAAAAAAAAUAAAAACUCAAGUAAUGUAAUAAUUGUACCCCAUAUUUCUGUAUUGUGAACGUUGCGUGAACUUGUCUGGCGCGAUUAUUAUAUAGUGUAUCUAUUAUUAAUUGUAAUAAGAUAAUAACAACAUUGUAAUUGUAAAAGAUUGCAAAAAAUUAACAAGCAACCACGCAGUGAGAAUGAAAAAAAAUGCUAUUAUUUUAUUUGUUUGUCUCAGGCUGUAUAAUGUUUAAAUUAAAUUCAUUUCGUAUUGA